CGCGGGACAGCGACGCCGGCACAGCGCGACUCCCUCCGCGACGGAGACAACUUUCGCCCGGUGAACCCGCCACACCUGCCGCCGUCCGACGCCGUCGUCCGUCGUCGCGCCGGCUGGCCGCGGGAGAGCGUGAGUGGGUGCAAUCGCGGUGUAGCUGGUCGCCUUUGGGAUUUGACGUCGUGUUUUAGGAGUUCUUUUUUCUAAGGGGGGGGCGGUGGGGGUUGAGCUGCAAGAAUACACCCAGGGCAGUGACAGACCGCGGGAAAAUGUCGUUACUUCCUGUGGAAUACAGUCUUGGCGCGACAUUGCGGCUGUAAACAACAGGAGGACGCACAAGAAUACCCACCGACGAGUUCUCCUUAAGAAACUGAGCCACAGAGAUAUUUGGAACAAUGGAGAACCUCAACACCAGUGAUGCUUCUGGUCUCUUGGUGCCUGAUGUCAAUGAAGACUCUGUGGAUAUCUACGAUGACCUGGAUGUUGGUUUUCACAACAAAGCAGAGAAGUCUCCCUCAAAUGCGUCUCAGCUGAAAGAGUCCAUGGAUCUUUAUGAAGAACUUGUCACAGAGGAACAGCAGAGCAAAGAGACAUCAUACACUGAGUUGAAGUCCAGAUUCCAAGCAGCUCAGAACCAAAUCAAAGAGUUGCACAGGAGACUGGAGCAGGUGGAAAUGCAGAACACAGGAUUAAACACUGAGAACUACCGUCUCAAAAAGAACAUCUGUGCACUUUUACAAACAGCUAGACAGGAGGUGACACGAAAAGACGCAGAGAUCCAGAGGUUGAAUCAAUGGUCAGUCAAAGGUCGCAAUUACCAUCAGCCUCACAUUAAUAAUCUGCGGGACCAAAACUCCUCCUGUCGGACCUCCACAGGCAGCUCUAGCAGUAGGCCUCCUCCACCACCAUCACCCUCCAAUCCCCCUCCUCCUCCUCCUCCUCCUCCAUCAAGUCUUCAACCACCUCCUCCACGUCGACCAACUUCCCCUCCCAGGGAGAACCAGCCCUCAAGGCAUCCUCCUCAAUCUUCAAGGACAGGAAGUAACAGCAACAGUCUGGCCACUCAGCCCAUUGGCUCCUGCAUUGAGACGCAAGCUUCCAAAGCAUCUUCUCACAGUCAUUCAAAGAGUUCUCUGAGAGGAAAUUGUGAAAUACCUGACAAACAAACUGGGCCCUCCGUCAGCAAGUCCAGCAGCAGUUCAUCCGGACAGCACAGUGAUUCUGACAAACACAAGUCUAAGGGUAGAGAGGGAAAAUAUCCAAGUCCUAAACUAUCUGAAUCAACUGAAAGGCGGUCCAGAGGUGGUUCGUAUCCCAACAAGGACGGUCACUUCCCUGAGAAAAACAGGUCUCAUAAAGCAGACAAAGACACAGGACGAAAAAAUGACUCCAGGUCGUGUAAAAGCCGGAGCCACCAAAAUGUUGAGGGGCACCACCGAUCAGACAGGACGGAAAAAAAACCUCUAGAGGGUUCACGCAGUUCAUCGCCCUAUGAGGACACCAAAGGCAGAAGUCGUGAAAGGAAACAAGACAAAGCUAAAUUGGCCCCAUCAGACUCUGAACAAAGAACAACUCGUUCUAAAGAGGGCUACGUCCGAGAUCAUAGAAGAAUCAAGAAUGGUGACGGUCAUCGCAGGAGUUCAGACUCCAAGGACCGCAAAAUAUCCUGUUCGGAUCAAAGCGCGGAGCGCCACGCCGAUUCUCCCAAGGAGCGGGAAGGAGAGCGAGUCUCAAAGGAUCGUCAAAGGAAAGACGAGAGACGCCGUGAAGACGAAGUAGGCAGAGAGCACAAAAGGAGCAACCUGUCGGACAUGAACAGUGAGAAAAAGAGAUCAAAAGAAUCAGACCAAGGUAAAGUGGAUGUCCGUAAGGACAGACAGGACAAGACACAUGAAGCCUUAAAGCGAUCAUCUGAAGAUCCCCAGAUCCCUGAAAAGAACUCCGUGGAGGAAAAUAGUCCAAACAGGAAACUCUGUUUCAUGGAAACAUUGAAUCUAACCCUUUCACCGAUUAAGAAGCCAGUGUUGCCCACCGAUGCCAGCCAGGGUGUCUCCACAACAGAGGACAAGCUGUCUGUGAACAGAUCAGAUGAUGAGAAUUUGCAGUUUCGUGUUGAAGACAUGUGUGUCAUUGACGAAGUAGACUGCAGUGGUUUAAAAGAAGGGUUUGAAGAAGCUGAAGAACAAUCUUCAGAUGUCCCCGAAGAGUCGAGCUCUGAAAAGACGCACCAGAGGAGUGACAGUGCAAAAGAUGUCGUGGAAAAGGACGAGAGCCUUGGCCAAAGUGCAGCUGGCAAACUGCUUGAAGGCAGCACAGUCCAAAUAUCCUCAGCACCUAGCCAACCACUGGAUACUGCAGAGAAUCAGAGGACUGUGCAUCUCACACCAAAACCACCAGAGAGUAGUUCACUAAAAGAAACAGAGGGGGACAUCUCAAACAGCACGGCCUCAGACAAACAUAUAGCUAAAUCUGAACCAUCAGAGGCGACAGACGAUGUCCUUGACACACCAGGAAGUGUUUCCAAACAACACACAAGCAACUAUAUCCAAAAGGUAAACCCUGGAAAUAGUGCUGAGCCAACUGCUAUGCCUGACCCCAAUGUGCUAGAUUCGAGGACGGCACCGAAAAGCCUUCCCAUGGAUUCCUUUGAAAAAACGGCUUCACCCUCAAGGGAACUUCCUGUAGCUGAAGAUGAUCUCGGCAGUCCCAGAAGCCAACAGAUUCCCGCCACUUCUUUACCACAGGAGUGUCCGCAUCCUCCUGCUCCGUUCACUUCCAAUCACAAGAAGGCUGCCUGUCACGUGGAAGACAGUCCUAAAGACACUGUAUCUAGUACAAUAAGCCUGGAAUCGCUUCCUCAAGAGGGUCUGAGCUUACCCGAGGCUAUUUACGUUUUAACACAGACCAACGAAGAGACCAACGACAGUGUUAGCACCGCACCCGAGACAAGCUCUUCUGCCGGCUGUAUCGCAGUGUCCAAAGUAAGCAGUACGACAGAGGAGACACUACUGCCUGAAAAUCCACGUGGCCUCACUUUCACACCCAAAAAGAGCUUCAGCCCCGAAAAGAGUCACAAGAGUAACGUCGAGCCUACCAGUUCAGUGCCACUGUUUCACGAUGAGGACUCCAUGAUGCGCACACUGAGCAAUCUGAAGAGAAUCCCAGAUGCCAUAAGCCCUCUGAGGAGCCCGAUUCGGAUAACCAAGAGAAGUCUCAUCCAUGUUCAUGGCAAGCCUGGUCAUGUGAAGAGCCUUCAAAAAGAUUUCUCCAGCACAGCUGUCGAUGUCAACUCUAAGAGGUUGGAUGUGAACAAAGAGAACAAAUAUCCAGGUUCUCCUGCGAAGAACGACGCGCACAAGAUGGUGGACAAGGUAUCUGAGGUGCAAUCAUGUCUCUCCGAGACUGAUCUGGAGGAAGGGGAAAUUUUAAGCGAGAGCGACGAGGCGGCCACUAGUUCCCCCGUCCCUGCACACAAGAGGGCAAAGUUGGCGCAACCGGUCAGGAAUAAACCAAGUCCCAAGUCUUUGUUGAAGAGGAAAUCCGAAGAAAGUUGUGCCAGCUCCAAGGAAUCUAGCGAGUCACCAAGCGCUUCGACGCGGAGUCCAAAGAGUCGUUUUAAAACAGUUUGCCCUGCAGCGACCAAAUCUUCUUUUUCCACCACAGAGGAAAUAAUGAAGACAUUCAAGCUGGUUCGCAGUGAGAUCCGAAAAAAGUACAUGAAGCUACAUAAAACCUUUCCCAAAAAGAGCUUCUAUGGCAUGAUGGAAAAUUUCCAGGAAUCUUUUUUAGAGUUUGUGGAUGGUGCCCAUUUUGGUCAAAUAUGCAGUCAGGCAGAGGAGUUGAAAUCCAGGCUGAAGAAACUGAUUGCAUCCGUGUUUAGCAAAGUUUUGAAUAAUGGUAUCGUGAAGCGCAUCUUUGAACAGCAAGCCGUCGAUCUGAAGCAGAAGUUGUGGGACUUUGUUGAUGUCCAAGUGGAGUGUUUGUUCAAGGACGUUCAUGAGACACUGAAGAACCUCUGCAAACCGGCAAGAGCUCAGCCGGAGGAAAAGAGGCCUGGUGGGAAUGAGAAAGUGCCCGGACAGUCUUCGUCAAAGACGCCUGGUGGGAAUGAGAAAGUGCCCGGACAGUCUUCGUCAAAGACGCCUGGUGGGAAUGAGAAAGUGCCCGGACAGUCUUCGUCAAAGACGCCCCAGUUUCGACAGAAGGAAACACAGUCCGCUCCGACCAGUCUGAAUGUGAUCAAGCCUUGUGCGGUGGUGCCUUACAAAACAGGGCUUGGAAGCCGAGGCAAAGAUAUCAGAAUCACACAUGUGGAAAAAGACUGCAGUACAAACCCACGUCCAACAGACUGCCGAAAUACACAGAAUGUAAUUGGCUUCCGUCCUCCGAAAAAUAUUGCUUUAACUCCAGAGAAAAAUAACAUGGCCUCUUUGGUUGUUUCUCAAAGUGGCUCUUUGCUUGACAAAACCGACUUUGAGCUUCUCACAGAACAGCAGGCCUCCAGUUUAACGUUCAACCUGGUGAGAGACUCUCAAAUGGGAGAAAUCUUUAAAUGUCUCCUACAGGGAUCAGACUUGUUGGAAACCAGUGGAAUCACGGGAGACAGCACUUCCUGGUCCCUCGGCACUCCGAGGAAGGAUGGAGAGAGGCUCAUCAGCAUCACCACUCCAACUAAAUUUGACUCUCCGUCUAAACUGCUUAGCCCGACUAAAUUUAAUACCCCCUCCAAACUUAUCACUACGUGGUCGAGCAUUUCCCCUCGCAGGAUGAUGUCUCCUCGGACAAAAGAUCAGAUCCCGCUAAAUCCGGCUUUAUUUGACGAGAACUGCUUGCUAGAGCUACCGUCGGAGAAUAAAGCGAUGCUGCAGACCAGCUUGGCUUCACAAAGGUCCUUUUCCAUUUUAGCUGAAGACCUGGCAGUCUCCCUCACCAUUCCAUCACCCCUUAAGUCUGACAGCCACCUUAGCUUCUUGCAGCCAUCCAGCAUGCACAUCAUGUCCACCCCGGACAGCGUCAUCAGCGCGCACAUAAGCGAGGACGCGCUGCUGGACGGGGAGGACGCUACAGAGCAGGACAUUCACCUCGCCCUCGACACCGACAACUCCAGCUGUGGCUCCAGCGGCAGCUUGUCCUCGGCGGCACGCGCCACGUCUUUCCUGUUCAGGCCCGACGUUCCCAUGCAAGCACUGGUGAUGGAAAAGUCCAACGAUCAUUUCAUCGUGAAGAUUUGCCAGACAGCCACGUGUGCAGACAUCACACUCACUGCAGAUGACAGCUUGAGUCAAACACUGACAGAAGAAGAUCAUCAGCAAAGAGAAGGAGACGCAGCGAGUGAAGAAAGUCAAGCAACGGCUGUUUUGCGGAACAAGUCGCAGAAACGAAUCACUCCCAAUGCUUCGCCAUGCAAGAAGAGACUGUCUAACUUUGCUGAACGCUCUGGGAUCUGUCAGGCUUCCACGAGCCCAGGGAUCUGUCUCACUCAAGACGAGAGCUUGACUCUAGCUAAACAUCCAUCCAACAAAAAAGAAUAUACAACAACUCAACCGAGUACCUCAAAAUUUUGUUUUUCCAAGGAGUCAAAAGCUCCUUUGUCUGUCUCUCAGAAAGUGAUCAGUCCCUCUAAAAGUGCCGUGGCAGAUAAUAGUCCACAUCACCCGACUGAAACCUUUGAGACCAAUCAAAUGAGCCGAGUGUCACUGUCGCAAGUUUCUGACUCGUCUGAGAGAGAUGGAACGGAGGUGUCGGAAUCGGAGAGUCCCACCGUGGCAGAAGACAUUGGCAGCUCACCUGAGAAAGACCAUGGCGAUUGUGACAGAGGAAGAAAGCGAAAGAAGCGCACGGAUCCUUUGAGAGCAAAGCGGCGGCGCCGGGUGAAGGAGGUGGAGAGAACAGAUGAGAUGGUGUCAAACUCUGAAAGAGACAAGUCAAUAUCGUCCCCAGCGUCUCUGUCCCCCAACAGUGUCUCAGCCAAGAAUGUUGUCCGGAAGAAAGGCGAGGUGGUGAUAGCCUGGUCAAGAGACGAAGAUCGAGCUAUUCUGAUUGAGCUGAAGAAAAAAGGUGCUUCACGCGAGACUUUCUCCGCCCUGUCCGAAAAACUCGAUAAGCCAUCGGGACAGAUUGCUCACAGAUUUCACCAGCUCAUGAAGCUUUUUAAGAAGCAGGAGAAGGUGGACACCUGAUGCCUCGGACUUUGUGGGAAUAGCUCUUGUUUCCAACACACGUUCUGUAGGGCCAGCGCAGGUAUGCAGGCUGCUGUUCAUGUGACAGAGUGCAGGAAGAAUGGCUGAGUCGUGACAUCCUGGUUGGGUCACAUGGAUCCCCCACAUAAGCUGCGGUGUCCCAUCGACAUCUGAUCUGUCGUCAUGUGACCAUCAGCUCAACAGGAAUGUGGACAGCAGUAUAUAUUUUACAGGACGGUGUUGUCCUGUUUAUACUGUUUGAAAAGAAUUCAAAGUUUGAAGAAUGAGAAAUAAUGACUCUUCCUCAGCUCAACUGACAAGAUAGUUCCAUAUGAAGGAUGAAACAUCCUCUUCCAGUCAAACAUCAGUGUUAUUGUACUUGAUGCACUUUUGUUUAUAAUAUUGCACACUGCAAUUACACCAUUACAGUAUCGGUUCUGGAUAUUUGCUGAUGCCUUGUCCUCACAGAAGCAUAUAAGCAUAUGACACACAUGGCUGUCCCCCAGCGGAGCAUCUGUAUAUGCUCUCCUACCUCUGCCCUUGCUGAUGUGAUGUAUUACAAAAAUGCCAAGUCUCAAAAGGCUCUUGAGUCAGGUUUACAUGUCAUCCUCAACUUUUCUCACAACAGGAAAGACUGCCUUCACACUAGGACACAAGCUAGUAACUCUUUUCCUCAAUCAAGUGACAUUUUCAUUUCCUGUAGUUAGUGGGCGCUCACUGGAGACAACUUGAAGCAUCACCUGGAGGUAGACUUUGACGUCUUGGACAGAGAGUUUAGGCCAUUUGUUAUAAUUCUGUAUUUUGGAUGUUAUUUUAAUAGAUGUAUUUGAGGGAAGGGGGGGGGGGGGGUGUGCGGUGCUGCUAGAUAUGUUAAUGGUUGCUGAAAUGAUGAGGGCGGUACAUUUAUCUCCAUUAAUACGAAGUAAAACUUUUAUGUGUGGGCCUAAAUGCCAUUUUUUCGACUGAUCCAAUUGCUUAUGAAGAGCAUGGAAUGCAAUAUUGUGAAUAUUGUACAUAAUUCUUUACUGAAAAUAAAGUUUUAUUUAUUUA